AUGACGUCGACAAAUCGCCUGGAGACAGGAAAUGAAACAGUCAACCGGCGAAUGGACGCGGCGGAGAAAAAAUCUAAGCAAAAGAAGGGUUCUUGCGGGUUUUGCAAAGGUACCGACCAUAACGUCAAGACGUGCCCUGACUACAAGAAGGCCCAAGCGGCGGCAAUUCUCGCCGCACAACGUACCAGGGCGGCAGAGUUGGCAGCAUCUACCGGGAGACUGCGCCAACUUUUCCUCGCGAAUUCCUCUCGCAGGAUUUCCCAGGAAAUUUUCCGGCGCCAAGUCUUCCUCACGACUUUCCAGCGCAAUCCUUCCCAGCUUACUACCCUACGGCGCAGGCCUCUUCCUCGUCUACACAACUGCCGCCUCCUCAAUCUUGGGCGAGACCUCCGCCAGGUGGCUACUCCCACUCUUCCCCCGGAGUAUAUCGCCCGGAAUAUUCCCAGGUCACAGUUACUUCCUCAUGGAUCGCGCCGUCUUCCCAAAACGGCUAUUACCCCUAUUCAAGACAAUAGGCUCAAAGGACCUUUUGAAACAUUACGUCGCUUACGCGCGCGUAGCAGUGUUAUUGUCGUUUACACUCGAAGUGGUAAUAGUAGGAUAUCGGGUCCGAUAUCUGACGCAGGAACAAAGAAGACGAGUACUAACUCGGUAGAAGAACAAAAGAAGGCUGACUACCUUCUCCAGAAGACCUCCGCCGUCAACAACAACAGCAACAACAACAACAACAACAACAACAACAUGCCUCGAAUUCCUGGUACCGUUGGAGCUGGAGCUCCCCAGAAGAGGGCCGCCGACGACCACGUCGUAUACCCACUUCCCGACUCUCACUCCGACAUCCCCCCGGCCGAUUUUGAGGUCAAGAAUAUUAUCGAGUGCGCGCGAGAGUUCGGGAACACCGACCUCUACAUCUUCGACCCCCGGAAGGCUACGCUGGCGCAUUGGUGGGCGGAUAUGGCGGAGGAUCAAAAGCGGUGGACGAAAACGCCGGCGAGUAAACGCAAAGAUUUUCCGACGCCGAAAAUCGGGAAAGAUUGGAAGGCGAUUCGUUGUUCGACCGGGGCGUAUUUGAUUCCCCCAACCGGGAAGAAGUUAGCCGAGAUUAAUUUGGAUCUCGAGCUCCAGAAGAUGCUCAUCAAAGAGGAGGCCCGACCGUUCCUGCCUGAAGACCCGCCGGAGGAUUUCCUAGAACUCUGCGAGCCGGGUCGAACGGGGAUAGACGAGCCGGCGAUCAACGGAUGGCUGGCCAAGUAUCGCGGCGGCUGGCGAGUCGCCUGUACUCAUUGCGAUACGAAGUACGCCGACGUCGGCAAGGGGCACCGGGACUUUCGCGCUCGAGACGGUUUCCGACAAUUCGAGCUCAAGAUUUCCGCCGACGCCGAAUCUAAGUGGAAGGAUCCCCUCGCCUUCACUUGCAGUUACGGCGACCUCGUCCUUUGCCGCGCGGCAAUUCCCCUCGCCAAAUCUUCGGCGUUCUCUUCCUGCGGCAGGUGCAAGUCUCUCGGCGACACCUGCACCGACCCCGGUGGCGAUGCGAAAGACGACUGGGACUUCGACCUCAAGGACGACUCGCAGUCUGCGAUCUUGCGCGUCGCCAAAUAUAUCCGGGGAUUUUACCUCGGACAUUACGAGCUCAAGCACGAGAAGCUCUCCGCCGCAAAGGAAGCCUUCGAAGUUCUCCGCGACGCUUGUUGCCACGACUUCCAGUUGCCGGCGAUCGAUGGGGUCGUACAAGAACACGGCGCCGAUCCCUCGGAGGAAGUCGUGAGAAUUUUGACGGCGGCGAUUGACGGGAUGACGUCGUCAAGGGGGCGGGGCGCACGCGGAACCACAUGGAAAGAAGAAACUCGGCUCAAUGCGGCCAGGACCUGCAAGGCGGCAGAGCCCAGAGAGAGACACUCGACGAACGCCACUUUCCCCCCUGGUCUCUGUCGUGUCGUCACCCACGUUUUCCCUCAUCCCAUCCCGUCCCCUCCUCUCGCGCUCGAACCCGGGCAGAUAACUCGGUUCACACGCGUUCGCCUCCGCCAUCCGCCGUCGCCCCCCUUUUCUGCGCGCUACCGAUUCAGGGCAUCCGGUCGUCGAGAUCGAAGUGCCAUCAUCACGUUUGCUUCCGAAACAGACGAGGACAAGUCGAUGUGUUUCACGACAGUCACAACCGAUACACUGAACACCGACCUCUUGCUUCGAGCUUCAUCGCAAUGCUAGUAGCUGCCACAAUACAU